AGUCGGCAAAUACGGACGACGAUGCCUUAAGUUGGAAUUUGCAUUUCGGGUGCAACGCUUUCACCACCGACAAUUGUGACGUAUUCAUUCUGAUUCGCGCCAUUUUUGAAAAUGUCGCAAACAUCCGCUUUUCUGGCGAAGUUUGCGUAGAUUUUAGCACGAAUUUUUGCCGUUACUAAACAAGAGUAGCACAAGGAUAGAAUCAAUUUAGGGUUGUUGCCCAAUCGUAAUUAAAUUGCCCAAUCGUGUUACCCCCUUUACCUAAUAAAAAUAAUUAGUUUAAAUUUAUUAAGUGUAUUGACGUAGUUGUCGGGGGCAAGGGAAAUUUCCUUUUCCCCGGCAUCAGAAUUUCAUAGGCUUUUCUUUUUUCCGAGAUUAUCCUUGAGUAUAAUCUAUGCCUUGGGAUUUCAAGGAUAGCGGGAGUUAAGUCCAAGAUGGUGUCAACUUUUUCAAGAAAUAUGAAUAAUAACUUUAACACCUCUCUAAAAGGGUGCGGUAUUGUUCAGAAAGAUAAACCACGGAAAUUGCAGUUUUCCAAAAAAAGAAGGCCGAAAUAUGAAAAAAAUGCCUGAAAACAUUUUUCAAUUUGGUUCAAGGAGUCGUUGCUGGUAUCUCGCCCAGUCAACCAGCGAACCAGAAAGAACUGGCCGUUGCGAGUCCCAACUAUAUUUUCCCAACAGGGUUCCCCUAUAUGUUGGCUUCACCUUGUCGAGUCAGUUUUCUUCGGUACAUAACUGGCCUUGUCUGGAUUUUUCGGGCACUUGGUUCCGUAAGGGAAAUCUAGCUUGGAAAGCCAUGGAGGAGGAUGUGAAGGCCAUCACGCAACAACACCCUGCUUUACUCUAUUGUAUGCUGCCACUGCUCAAUGAGAUUUUUCUUUUUGGAUACAUUCGCCGCCGGCUACGUAUUACGGCACCGGUUGCCUUUCGUUUCUGAUAUUAUGACGCGAGUCGCUAACCUCCCGCUCAACGCAAUGUAUAUAUAGUCACGCGGGAACGGUGGACCUGGUUAACAGUCGGUGCGAACCAUGGCGUCCGAACGCGCUCUCCUUCUCGUUCAAUUCAUUUCGGUUGUUGUGUUUCUUUCAAGCCAUGUGUUGGCGGAAAAAGAGUCGAACUCUACGGUGAAUUCUCACGUUGAGGAACCUCCGCGAGCUGUUCCUACCGACGUCGUCAUGAGAACCCAUUUCACUAGACUCGUUCACGAAGGAGACGAUCAGGAUCUCGUUUGUAGUUGCAAACUAUUGAAUUCCCAUACUCUCUGGCUCAAGAACGGAGUCCAGUUGGAAAAUGGCGAAAUCGUGGACAUUGUUUCCAUGCAGGGCAGCGAUUCGUUGUUGAGAUCGACGCUGACCAUCAGAGCGGCCGAACAGUCGGAUAAUGGAGUGUACACUUGCCUUUUCAUCAGCGACACGGGCAAGACCUCGCUGAAGACAUUCGACCUUUUGGUGACGGUGCCGAGCCCCAUCAAAGCGGUGGGCGAUUUUUUGAAUCAGCGAGGAAUUACGGCAGUCAUCGGCGUCAUGGCCGCGCUCAUCAUCCUCAUGGCAAUCGCUACCGCCUUGAGUUACACGUCUGUAUUCAAUUGCAAAAGGAGAGAAGAAACAUGUGCGAAAAGUCCUUCCGAACUCUCGGUGGGUGGCCAUCAUUCCGACCCGUUCGUCCUUGGCACGGAUAACCCAAAAAGGAUUUCACCGACAUCAUCGCCAGUGUAGAGAGAGACAGAGACAACAAGUCCAUCUUCAAUCAGGAAACCGAAGAGAAAACUUGUCCUCCCCGCACGUGAAAAAUGCAAACCAAAUUCUUAAUUUAAACACGACUGUGCCAUUGAAUUCUCCGUCUUUUGACGUGACUUGAAAUGACGUGAUUUCAGACAAUUUGUUUGAUUUUGCCCCGUUUCAGUUUAGUUUGAAAAUUCGUCUGCCUUUUUUUUACCUAAUUUGAAUGGAUGUUAGGUUCCUUUGCUGUAUAUUUAACUUUCAUUGCCAUUUUUUAAAUAUAGUCUUUCAUCUUUUGAAA